AAUGACUCGGUUACUAGUUUGUUCGCACGAGAACCCAUACUAGCUAGUACACAUGCUGCUCCUGUCUAGCGCACAGCAGAAAGAAAUACAGGCAGGCUCGGUGAAAGGUCAAUCGGUCUGCACCCUGCCGCGUAUUGUCGUGAAAUAAAACCGGCAUCUUCGCUACUCGACUCGUGAUAAAAAUGUAAAAACCAGUUUUGGCCCCCAUGUCAUGAAAUUUUGAAACUAGCCAAAGCCCACGGCCCCGUUUUUGUUUUCUUGUGAAAGAAAGUCGCUAUGACACUGUCGUGUAAAACUAUCAGCGCAGAACUUGUGAAGACCUCAUUUUCGAUCAUCCAUACUGUGUAGAGAUAAGUGGGAAAGAAGAAGAACGUCUCCCCGGUAUUGAAAUUAUCGUUUUGGACUUUCCCUUCAGCUUUUGGAUAGCCUAACAUAACCUGACCCGUGCGUCGUUUCACAUAGAUUCAAGUUACUCUAAACUCUACUAUACCUUGUUUUCUGCCUCCUAUUUAGAAGAGAUCCUGCUUUUUGCACACUUUUUUUUUCGCUCACUUCGACCGUCCGACGAAAAUGUUUCGCAUCUUCCGAGGUGCAACAAGAUCCAGCGGGGAAAAUAGCUCGUCGCUGAAGCCAGGCACUACUGCUCUCAACAGAAGCGCGGAUGACGAAACAAACGCGAAUAACCUGAUCCUUGUCGAAGAUGGCCUUACCAAAGGUGCACCUGCUAAAAUGAACGACCACGACGCCGCGCAGCGGCAAACUUCCACGGAGUCCACCCGUUCGUCCAUCGACACGGAGGACAUUGAGGUGUUGGAUCCGCUGGAGCACAAAUGCCCGAUCUGCUUGUGCGAUUUUGGAGAAGAGGAGAAGGAGGAGUUGCUGUGCAAAACCACCUCUGAGGACGCGAAGACCGGAGCUGCAGGUGGACCAUCGCACCAAACCACAAAUCCGAAACACGUCUUCCUGCCUUGUUGCUACGUGGCGCUGCAUGAGGAAUGCUUACUCGGCGUCUUGCGGGGGCAGCAAAUCAAGAUUGAUCUACCGGGUACCAACCAAGAUUUUGAUUUCAACACCGCGAUCCAAAAAGCCAAACACAAAUCCUGUAAGUGCCCAGUGUGCCGGCAAGAAUUCGUGUUGUCCGCCCUAGUCCAAGACGCCGAAUUCGUCAAAAAACUGGACCUCCUAGCCACGACAAAACGGGAACUUUCCCGGAAGGACCGAGAUUCGAUCGCGAUUAACUACGCAAACAAGGUGUUUCUCGGGGUUUUCCUAGUCGGAUUCGGGGUGCGGGAGAUAAUUGUUGUGCUUCUGCAGUCGGCGAAAUCGAUUCUGAAAUCCGCGUUUGGAGCGGAGAUUUUUGUCUUGAAGAAGGUGAAAUUGGGUGGCGAUUUCGCGAUGGAAUUUUUGGUGCUAGGAGGGCAGAUUGUAACCGAGAAGGCGGUUUUCGCUUGGGAGGAGUAUAUCGAGCCGGCGGCUGCUAUGACAGCGGAUGUGGGGAGGAAGGUAUAGAAGUACAGGUUUCGAACUAGGACAAUAAAACACCACUUUUCAUAUGCUAUUUCUGAUGCGUGAAGUCUACUUGCAAGUGAUUUUGUCAUGCUGAAAUCCACCAAACCCAAUUCAGGUUUUCGUCACCACGAUCAUCCGCCCUGCGGAAUUCCUCUGGAAGCAGUCCGCACAUUCCCGCCACGUCCUUGCGGAUGUCACUCGACAAGCGCUCCACUACUGCGGACUAGCCAUGGUCAAAACCACUGCUACUCUCCAAGAUUUCCUCCUCGCGCCCACCAAGAUUGUUUGCAAGUACGUGUUCUUCAAAGCCAGCGAAGUGGUUUUGAAAUCUGGGUACAUUAUCGGGAAAUAUGUCGUUUUUCCAGUCGGGAAAGCCGUUCUCCACGGGUUGUUUUUCACCUUCGACGUGGCAGACAAGUAUCUGUUCCAGCCUGUCUCCACCGGUACGCAAUUCGUCUUCAACGAUUUACUCCCGAAAUCGCUUGACUUCACCUACGAAAUUGCGAAGAAGAUUUGGAGGACAAACUACGAGAAAAUCGUGAAGCCUGUGAUGAAUUCCGCUAGAAAAGCAAAGGAGUUGAUUUCGGUGAAGUUCGUCCACCCGACGAAGGAAUUUUUGGUUAUCGCAAAGAAAAACGCGGGCGAGAAAUGGGAGUACUACGUCAUCCCUGUGUGGGGAAAAACGAAGGAGAACGCGAGAGCCGCGGUGAGGACGGUCAAGGUCAAUUUCCUUACCCCCACGGCAGAAAAAGCGAAGGAAGCGAUGGCGGCAAUCAAGGAGAAAGUGGUUGUCACUGUGCAACUAGCGGAGGAGAAGCGGCUCUAUUUCCUGAAAAUUAGUCAAGACGGCGUAAAAUCCGCAAAGGAAGAAGCGAGACAAGUGUGGCGGAGGAUAACAGCAGCGUCUGGAGGAGGUGCUGCUGCUGACAGGUCUAAAUCAGUGAAGGGGGACGAAGAAGAAGAAGAACAGCAUAUUACUCUCGUGGAGAAGCCGGUCAAGCAGGAAUAGCGAUGCGGCAUGAAUGAUAGUCAAGGGGAAAACGUGACUAGUAACCGGCUACUAGUUUAGAUUCGGUUAUCCUUCGUAAGCUCUGGCGCUUCUGCAGACUCACAUUGUACAAUACUCAAUCAGUUUCUUUUCGUUCGCGUUAGAUCAGCUGUGAAUUGAUAAACUGAGCAGCUGUCGUGUUUUUGGAUCGCCUUUCGUUUUGUCUUGUGUACAAAAUGCGAAUGAUGCUUAGUGCAUCCAGCUUGAUUGGUAGCAUUGAUUUUGCUUUUUUGGUUUUUUAAUAGAAUUUAGAUUCCCGGUUGAUGAAAAUAAGCAUUUGAGUCCCAGUCGGUCUCAGCAGGGUUUCGAGUGCGCUGCGGAUAGGUACUUACAACCUGCGAUUUUUGGGCGGCGCUUUCGAAUGUCGGAACAUGUGUAGACACAAGUACCGUGUCAAAAAUCGGCCUAAAUUUCAAAUCCGACUUGCUUUAUUUCUACUUUGCCUCGCAGCGUGUACGUAGUUUUCUCUUUUGUAAAAAUCAAGAUUUCCUCCCUCCCAAAGAUCACUUCUCCGCGACGGAGAGGCAGGAGGAGCUUUGUACACUAUGAAAGACAGCCUGGUGCUGCUGUUAACUGUUUGCCCCUGGACAGACCAUAAUUUUGAAAAUGAAACGAUUUAUGAUCUUCUAGUGAAGAUUUUUCCCCAGAAAUUAUCUGGUGCACUGCCAACGAGCCACAAGAUCCGCUGCGUUUUCUGAACACCAACAGCUCCACUUUUCUAAGCAAAAGUUCUAGUUCAUCGGUCCCAAAGCGGUAUGGUUGUAG